CGCCGCCUUCCUCCCGCAGCCUCGGGGCUGGCAGAGCUGGGCGCUCACUGGAUCCACGGGCCCUCGGAAGGGAACCCCGUCUUCCGCCUGGCUUCCAGCUACGGCCUGCUGGGCCCAGGAGCCACCGAAGAGGAGAACCAGCGGGUGGAGGCCAAGGGACACCCGCUGCUGCCUGUCAUCACCUACGGCAGCUCAGGGAAGGUGCUGAGCCCCGAGCUGGUGAACGGCACCCGCAGCCUCUUCAGCGAACUGCUGGGCUCGGCCCAGGCCCUCGCGGGCGUGGAGGAGCUACCCGCCAGCAGUGUGGGGCAGUACAUGCGGGCAGAGAUCGCCCGGCUGGCCUCCGCCUGGGAUGAGGACAGGGAUGACAAGCAGCUGCGGCUGGCCGUCCUCAGUGCCUGCCUCAAGCUGGAGUGCUGCAUCAGCGGCACCCACAGCAUGGACAUGGUGGCCUUGGGGUCCUUUGGGGAGUACACCUCACUGCCCGGGCUGGAUUGCACCUUCCCAGGUGGCUACAGCAGCCUGCCUGAGCGCAUACUGGAGACCCUGCCUGAGGGCACUGUCCUGCUCAACAAACCAGUGAGGACUAUCUGGUGGCAGGGGUCCUUCCGCGAGGAGGGGGACGCAGACAGGGACUUCCCUGUCCGGGUGGAGUGCGAGGAUGGCGACUCUUUUCUUACUGACCAUGUCAUUGUCACCGUCCCACUGGGUUUCCUCAAGGAACGGCAUCAGGACUUUUUCCACCCACCCCUGCCUCAGCGGAAGGCAGAAGCUAUUCACCGCCUGGGCUUUGGAACCAACAACAAGAUCUUCCUGGAGUUUGAGCAGCCCUUCUGGGAGCCCGAGCAGCAGCUGCUGGAAGUAGUGUGGGAGGAUGAAUCACCUCUUACUGAGCCCAGUGCUGACCUGAAGGCCAACUGGUUCAAGAAGCUUGUUGGCUUUGUGGUCCUCCAGCCACCAGAGCAGCUUGGGCAUGUCCUCUGUGGCUUCAUCGCUGGCAAGGAGUCAGAGUACAUGGAGACACUGAGCGACACUGAGGUUCUCAGCACCAUGACCCAUGUCCUCCGCACACUGACAGGCAACCCGCAUCUGCCCACGCCCUGCAGCGUGCUGCGCUCCUGCUGGCACAGCGCUCCCUACACACGUGGCUCCUACAGCUACGUGGCUGUCGGAAGCUCCGGGGAAGACAUAGACAUACUGGCACAGCCACUGCCUGAGGAUGCAUCUGGACCCAAGGCCGCUGCAGGUGCUGUUCGCGGGAGAGGCCACGCACCGCUCCUUCUACUCCACCACGCACGGCGCGCUGCUGUCCGGCUGGCGGGAGGCCGAGCGCCUCAACCAGCUCCCGCGGGCCGCGGCCCGGUCGUAAUAAAGGUUCCUUCCCCACAGAGUUCCGCCUGGUUUAUUGCCCGCCGGUCGCUCGUCCUCCGCGGACUGCCCGCUACGCUCAGCGGUCGUUGUGUUGCAGGGCUGCGGCAGAUGCGGGCCUCCCUGCGGCGUGCCGACUGCCUCGUCGAGGUGCACGACGCUCGUAUCCCACUGUCAGGCCGUAACCCUGUGCUGCAGGAGGUUCUGGGCAUCCGCCCGCAUCUUCUGGUGCUGAACAAGAUGGACUUGGCUGACCCACGCCAACAGUCAAGAGUCCUGGAGCAACUGAGGCAGCAGGGAUGCUCGCAUGUUGUCUUCACUGAUUGUCAGCAGGACAGCAAUGUCAAGAAGAUUGUGCCCCUGGUCGCCAAACUAGUCAGCAGCAGCCCACGUUACCACCGGGCUGAGAGUACUGAGUACAGCAUCAUGGUGAUCGGUGUGCCCAAUGUAGGCAAGUCAUCGCUUAUCAACUCUUUGCGGAGGUUGCNUUUCCCCAAAGUAAAAGCCACAGCAGUGGGUGGUGAGCCAGGUGUCACCAAGGCGGUGCUGACCCGGAUCCAGGUGUGCGAGACUCCCCUGGUGUACCUGGUGGACACGCCAGGUGUGCUGCCCCCAAAGUUGGCCGAUGUGGAGACGGGGAUGAAACUGGCAUUGUGUGGAGCCAUCCGUGACCACUUGGUGGGUGAGGACAUCAUGGCUGACUACCUGUUGUACGUACUGAACCAGCAGCAGCAGUUUGGGUACGUGGAGCGCUAUGGGCUGCCUGAGGCCAGUGACAACAUCAGGCAUGUGCUGAAGUACGUGGCAGUCACCCUGGGCAAGACGCAGAAGGUGAAGGUGCUGACAGGCACAGGGAAUGUCAACAUGAUGAUGCUCAACUACUCAGCUGCUGCCUAUGAGUUCCUGCGGGCCUUCCGUGCCGGGCAUCUGGGUAGACUGACGUUGGACUGAGGGUCCUGGAGUAGAGCAGGGCAUCCCACAUCUCCCCCAGCUCCAGGUGGCGGCAUGGUGUGAUUAAAGCUGCUUUGUUCCUAGAUGG